CUUUCAGGCAUUGGACAGCAACAUGAAGAUAUUCGCAGUAUUAGCAAUCGCAGCAGCAGUCCUUGGACUGACAACGGCUUUCAAGCCACCAGCGGCACGUUAUGAUGAUUUCAAAGUCUAUAAGGUCCAUGUCAAGGAUGAUCAGCAAUUGGCGGAAUUUAAGAAAUUGGCCAACAAUAUUCCUGUUCGCUUUUUGAAUGAUAUCAGCGGUCCAGGACGCAGCUAUGAUUUGGCCAUUGAUCCUGCCAAUGAAAAAGCCUUGGAAGACCAAAUGCAAUAUUUGGAAUUUAAUUAUGAACGCACUAUCGAUGAUUUACAAGAAGUCCUUGAACAAAGUAUGCCCGCCAACGUGGAAUCGGUGAAUGCCACCAUGACCUGGACCAAAUAUCAUCAAUUGGCUGACAUUUAUGAUUGGUUAGAUAAUUUGGCCAUUGAAAAUAUGUUUACGGUAACUCCCUUCAUCAUUGGCAAGUCCUAUGAAGGACGUCCCAUUAAGGCUGUUCGAAUUUCAACAAAACCAGGAAACAAAGCCAUCUUCAUUGAAUCCAAUAUCCAUGCCAUUGAAUGGAUUUCUUCGGCCACCACCACCUGUUUUAUCAACAACCUGCUCAAGGCCGAAACCAAGGAAAUGAGAAUGCUAUUGAGAAGCUACGAUUGGAUUUAUGUACCCGUUCUAAAUCCCGAUGGUUUGGAAUACACCCACAAUGUAGAGCGUUUGUGGCGCAAGAAUCGCAAGCCCACCGGUUUCUCCAACUCUUCUGGUAUUUGCUACGGCACUGAUAUGAAUCGUAACUUUGAUUUCAAAUGGGGAGGUGCCGGUUACAACAUUGAUGUGCCCUGUGAUCAUUGGUAUGGCGGCGCCGUCCCUGACAGCGAACCUGAAGUUUUGGCUUUGGAAAAUUUUGUCAGUGCCUUCCCCAGAAAUUACAUUCGCAUGUAUUUGGCUUUCCAUUCGUAUGGUAAUUUCGUCUUGCUACCCUAUGGCCACACCAAUGAGGAAUUCCCUACCAACUACAAUCAAAUGAUGCGUAUUGCCAAUGCCUUUGCUGCCGGUGCUAAAGUUAAAUACGGAACUGAAUUCAAGAGUGGUGCCAGUGGUCUUUUGAAUUAUCCCGUUUCCGGUUCCGCCAAGGAUUGGGCCUAUGGUGUUAAGAAAAUUCCCUUCACUGCCACCAUUGAAUUGCGUGAUGAUGGCUCGAAAUAUGGUUUCUUCUUGCCUGCCUCUCAAAUCGUGGAAGUUUGUGCCGAAGUAACGGAUGGUAUUAUUGAAAUGGUUAAACAAGCCCGCAAGGAGGGUCUCUUCAAAUAAAUUCCAAAUUAGUUUCUUGGUUGUAUAAAAUACCCAAAUUCCAAUGAGGUUAAUAAAAUGCAUU